UUUUAACACGGCGUUUCUGAUAAUUUUCAAACGCUUUGAAUUUCCCGAAGUUUCUAGAAACAUUAUCCAAUCCUAAGUUCCGGCGUAAUGGCUCUGUCCUUGGGGAUGUUUUCCGGCUUUGUUACCGGAGAAACGGCGGCGUUGUUGAAGCCGUCGGUGUCGCCGUCUUCUGUUAGGCUUGCGGCUCCUCCUUUUGCUAACCUGCAGCCCGCGCGUACGGUGAGCUUCGCAGCUUCUUCGAAUCCGGCAUCGGAGACGAAGAAGAGCCCUGUCCGAGGUAUCAUGAAGCCACGGCGCGUCUCGCCGGAAAUGCAGGCGUUCCUCGGCGGCGUUGCUGAGGCCCCUCGCACUGAAGUUGUCAAGCAGGUUUGGGCUCACAUUAAACAGCAUAACCUUCAGGAUCCCGCAGACAAGAAGGUCAUUGUGUGUGACGAUGAGCUGAAGAAAAUUUUUGGAGGAAGGGAACAGGUUGGGUUCCUCGAGAUUGCCGGAUUGAUAACUCCCCACUUUCUUUAAGUAUUGUGCUUCAGGAGGAAUGGAGUUAAUGGAUUAUGCAGAAACAUGUUCUUAGGAAUCUAGGGUGCCAACAUAGUUUUGCUUUUAGGUCUUCAUUUUGGCUUCCAAAAUUCUAUGCCAGUUGUUAACAACACAUGUAAUGUAAUGGCAAGGAAUGCAUUAUAUAUUUAUAUUGCCAUGUUGGGCUCUGGGUAUUUCCCCAUGUUUCCUGAACUGGAUGCUGUUAAGGAUUCAAUCUCCUGAAAGUUAGUGGUUUUAGCAUGUAUGUC